AUGGCGCCUUCAUCACCUGCUACAUCUAAGGAUUCAUCGCGUCGUUCAUCCGAUCAUUAUGAGAAUCCCUAUUACUUACACAGUAAUGAUCAUGCUGGAUUGACUCUUGUUUCAGAUCGCUUGACGACUUCUUCUGACUUUCAUUCUUGGCGUCGCUCGGUACGAAUGGCUUUGAACGUCCGUAACAAACUCGGAUUUAUUGAUGGUACGAUUGCUAAACCGCCUUCUAUGCAUAGAGAUUAUGGUGCUUGGUCUUGUUGUAACGACUUAGUUGCUACCUGGUUGAUGAACUUUGUAUCUAAGAAAAUUGGUCAGAGUUUGUUAUUCAUUUCUACUGCUGAAGGAAUCUGGAAUAAUUUGAUCUCUCGGUUUAAGCAAGAUGAUGCUCCUAGAAUCUAUGAUCUUGAACAGCGAUUGAGUAAAAUAGAGCAGGGAUCUCUGGAUGUUUCUGCCUAUUAUAUUGAGUUGGUUACUCUCUGGGAAGAGCAUCGAAACUUUGUGGAGCUUCCGGUUUGUACAUGUGGGAAGUGCGAAUGUGAUGCUGCUGCUUUAUGGGAGAAGAUACAGCAUCGUAGUCGGGUCACGAAGUUUCUAAUGGGACUUAAUGAGUCUUAUGAGCAGACGAGAAGACAUAUCUUGAUGUUAAAGCCCAUUCCUACUAUUGAAGAGGCUUUCAACAUUGUUGCACAAGAUGAAAGGCAACGCACUCUUCGUCCUGCUACUGCAGUUGAUAAUGUUGCGUUUCAGACUUCGGUUGCUCCUCAGUCUACUCUUGUAGCUGAUCAGGCUUAUGUUGCUGCUUACAAUGCUGGUAGAGCUUAUCAGAAACCAGUUUGUACUCAUUGUGGAAAGAUUGGUCAUACAGUGCAGAAGUGCUUCAAGCUUCAUGGAUUUCCUCCUGGAUAUCGAUCAUAUGGUUCCAAGAAUGCUUCUUCUCAACCAAAGCCUGCUGCAUCGUCUCCACAAGUGACCGCUCCGGUAUCAAAUGCAGUUGCUUCUGUGUGCGUUGAUAAGGACACUUGUUCUUACUCCUCUGUUCCUACAGCUCUUCCUCAGUUGACUAGUGGAGGCAUGAAUAUGAAUCUGCAGAGCUUUACUCCACAACAACUUCAACAUCUUAUUGCACAGUUCAACUCCCAUGUCCGAGCUUCAGAGAAUCAAGUUCCUUCCUCCAGUCAUUCUCUUCCACGAGCAACAAUAACAGAACAUGGUCAUAUGGAUCCAUCUUCCUCUUCUGGUACUAUACCUUUUCCUAGUAUCAACCUUACUGUUCAAAACCAAAUUCUUUGUUACCAAAAUCAUUCUCUUUCAACUCUUCCAUCUUUAGUCCCACAUGACUCUUGGAUAAUAGAUAGUGGAGCUUCUAGUCAUGUUUGUUCGAGCAUAGAUAUGUUUGAUAGUUUUGUCUCAGUUUCCUCUGUCACUGUGACACUUCCGAAUGAUAGUAAGGUUCCCAUUACUCAUGUUGGUACUAUAAAAAUCACUGAUUCAUUGAUUUUGUAUGAUGUUCUGCUUGUUCCUGAUUUUUGUUUCAACCUGAUUAGUGUGAGUAGUUUGAUUCGAACUUUGACUUGUGCUGCUCAUUUCUUUCCUAAUGGUUGUCUUAUCCAGGAUCUUUCUCAGGGCUUGAUGAUUGGGAAGGGUAGUCUUUACAACAAUCUGUACAUUCUCGAUACUGAUCAUCCUGUUGCAUCUAAAGAAACAUUGUUAUGUGGCAUGGUUUCUCCUGAUAGUUUCAUUUGGCAUCAACAUUUGGGACAUCCCUCAUCAAGUGUUUUUCAAAAGAUUUCAACUUCUUUACCAAGUUUCAAGCGUGUUUCGUCUGAGCUUUCUCCUUGUUCCAUUUGUCCUCUUGCAAAGCAGAAGCGUCUUGCGUAUGUCUCCCACAACAAUCUCGCGUCUGCUCCAUUUGAUUUAGUUCAUCUUGAUAUAUGGGGUCCUUUUAGUGUUGAGUCUGUUGAGGGAUAUCGUUACUUUCUUACUUUAGUUGAUGAUUGUUUUAAAGGCUAUAAAGUGUUAGAUUUGGAGUCUCAUUCUGUUAUCAUUUCUCGAAAUGUUGUUUUCAAAGAGCAAGUAUUUCCUUUUAAAACAUCUAACUUGCUUUCUAAAAGUGUUGACAUGUUUCCAAAUACAAUUUUACCUUUAUCUGUGCCAUUGCAUUUUGUUGAGUCUCAUCCUUUUUCCUUUGAUAAUGAUAGUUCUACUUCUGAUCAUCAUCCAUCUGUCUCGCCUGUUGUGCCUGCUUCUGUGUCUACUUCUUCUUCUGCUUCAUGA